CUUUCAGUCAGGUUCCGCUCGCGGUUCCGAAAGCUCGCGGACCAAAGCUCUGAAAGUUGUACUUUCGACUCGUUGCCGAUAUAAUCCGCCUUUGGCGCGGGGAACCUCACCAAUAUAGAGGAGGAAAACCAUUGCGGUGUUUUGGGGUUGUCCGGUUUCGUCCUCGUGGUGGUGUUUGUAAUGCAGUGUUCUAAAGGGUGUUGUGCUCACCGAAUCUAAGAGGAUCGAGCCGCUUGUGUUCUGCCGCAGCAACAGGAACACUCAGGAACACGCGCUUCAUUCGCACCUGACGAGUUAUAGCAGUAUCGCGCCGAGACCAUUCGCAGUUCUGUCAAGUAUUGAAACGACUUUGUCACAGUAUUGAUCUUCCAAGGAUGAAAUCUACAACAAGAACCGUCGGAAACUUGGAAAUUUUUGGAAAUCGUCACCUGCUCAAAAAAAUGGACCGACUCCCGCUAAGAAUACAGAUCAGUUCUUGAAGAUGCAGACCUCAAUUAGAUCUUUCCAGUGCAUCAUACAAGUUUUUUUCCAAAAGAAAACCAAAAUCAAGCCAUUGCGAGGCAACAUGCUAGAGAGAACGUUUUAAUUUUGACAAGUUUUUCCCAAACAGUACAAAUUAAUAGUUUCCUUACGAACUUUAAGUGCUUUCACUUUCUCUUUUCUAUUGUUUAUUUUUCUAAUAAUCUUAAAGUAUCUAAUUUCUUAAGAGAAUCACCAGACUUGGGCUAUUUUCACGAUCUUUCAAGAGCGAGUGAUUUGUGCGCGAAGACUCGUCAGUAACUAAUAAACGAUUCAUCUCGCGAUUAGAACUCGAGAAACCAAAGUUUCAUCGACUUGUUCACGUCACUUUUGAGACUGGAAUAAAUUAAGUUCUGAGUUGAAUAUUCACACAGAGGUUAGUUUUGCCUCCGACUACAAUCUGACUGACAUCGAAGACUGAAUAGUUGUUUAAUUGACCAAUAUAAAACGUAGAUUUCCUCAGGGUUAGUGAAAACAUCAAUUAGCUCUUAAGCCGCACCGGAAUUUUUAACCGACUUAAAUGUGAUUGAAGACCGAAAAGCAAACAAGGAAUCGAACUGUACAUUUUUCAUUGUUUUCAACCGUGGAUAAUUUUAUUAAUAUCUGACCUUAUUCAACUUGCGAAACUAACUUAAACUGGUAAAACGCACAGACAAAUUUAAUUAAGACCUUAUAAUAAAAUUUGCAUGGAAGCAAAUUUUCACAUAUAAAUUUUUUUCUCACGCAAUACGUUUACCUACAAGAAUUGACAGCGAUUACAAGAUUAUUUAAUCAUCUGAGCGAACCAAACAAAGAAAAUUUCACAUAUAGUUUCACCGUUUAUCUUAAAAAUACACUUGCUCUUACCUCAGCCCGUUCACGUAAAACUCCUUUUUACGACAUUUUCUAAGACAUUAACUUACAGCCUAAUUCCACUGGUAAUUUAAAAUCACGUUUAAAUUGAACAUUUUCAAAAUUGACUGAGGUGAAUACAAUAAAAUCCAAUUAUUCAGUCUCAAUAUAUAUAGACUAUAUUCCGAUCUCAUUUCUUGCACUCAAAAGAAAACCAGAGUUAUCCUGUCUAAAAACAAACAUUACAUCGUAAUCCUCUAAACAGUAACUCUUACGCUGAUUUUAGUAGUUGGAGGAAUAUAAACUAGUGACUCAAUUUCUUGAUAUUCAAGAUGGUCAAUUCUAUCUAGAAACCCAAAACGGACCACAAUUCUGCCCUUAAAAUCGUUUCAUGCGGUUGGAUUAAUAUAACUUAAUAACGCAACUCGUUGAGAUUCACGAUAACUUAUUCUAGAAAGGAACCCUAAACGGACUAAAAUUUUACCCUUAACGUCAUUUCUAGUAAAAGCCCUUAAAAAUAUCCCCUUGCCAGGUAAUAGACCUUUAAUUCGAGCUCGCGUUCAGAAGAAUAAGAUUGAUUCGCGGGAUUUCAAGAUAAUCUACUCUGGCAAGAAACCCUAAACGGACUAAAAUUCUACCCUUAACGUAGUUUCUGGGACAAGGCGUGGAAAAUUCAUUGCCUUGCCAGGUAGGAGAUAGUUAAUUGGAGCUUGCGUUCGGAGCGGAGCAAAAUCAUUGGCGUGAUUGGCGGAGUUUCGGGAUGAGCCGGCGACGGAAAGACAAGAUCCCGGUGGUUCCGGAGCAGGACAAGAAGAUCUGCGGAAGCAUCUGUCUGUGCCAGCUGACGAUCGUCCUCUCGUGCGUGUCGUUCGUCUACCUCUCGGUGGCCGUGUACAUCCCUUCGCACCGGGCCUUCCACGCGGGGAUGGAGCCGGAACCAGUGAUGUGCCAGACGGUGAACAGCACUCUGGUCAACAACUGCAACUGGGCUUCUUGCGGGGAGUGGUGCCUGACCAAGACCAGCGGCUUCUGCCCGCAGCUAUUCGCCACCGUCCGGAGGAACGGCACUGAUAUAUCCCUCGAGGACUGCUCCCGGCUCAGUACCUAUUCUUGCCCCCAGGCAAACCCAGGGAUGUCUCGCCGCUUCAACUGCAACAAUGGCUCGGAGUGCGCUUCGUUGACCGGGGUUUUCAACUGCUCCCUGGGACACUGCUCCAACAUGUCGGAACUCUUUUUGUGUCAUCACAAAGCGGACGGGAUAUUCGUGGACAGCGAAAAGGAUAACCUCAAAUUGAACGGAUUUUUCGAGUGCCACCACUCGCGGUGUCGGCAGAUCAAGAAACCCUUUUCGUGCGAUCGUUACUGUAUGAAGAUCACUACGACGGCAGUGAACAUUUACUUGUCGUACGGGGAUCAACUCUACACGGGCGACUGUCGGAGGGCCCUGGCCUACAACGCCGCCAACGGGACGGAGCCUGGCUACCGGGUCAACGCAACCGAGAUCUGGACCGAAGAGUCCAGCGGGGGUCUCCUCCUCUCGUCCUGCCAUUCCGUCGUCAGGGACAACAACACUCUCAAGGGUUACGACUGCCUCAACGGGACGAUCCUACAGGAACAAGCUGUUCCGCAACCGUUUAUCAACUUCACAACUUUCUGGGCCCUGAGCGACAACUCGACCAAGUUGGUGGACCGGACGCAGAGAUUCCUACCCAUGCAACGACAACUGACCAUCUUCAACAGCUCGAAACUUUUCAUCAACUUGGACGGCUGCGUCAACACUCUGAGAGGAGAGUGCCUCGAAUUCUACUCCACUCACGGAAGGGAUGGUGAUAACCAGACCGCCCAGAGUAGAUACACGUGCUUCUACAAUAAGAAAGACUCCUCUCUGGUGGUGGCCCGGUUUGACCUGAACAAGACCUGGUGGGACCUGGUGAUCGCGGUGUGCGUCCCGGGGAGUCUCUUCGUCGUCUCGUUCAUCUCGCUGGCGAUCAUCACGCACACGGUGCGCGUGGACGACGACGCGCGCAUGCGCUGCAAGUGGUGCGAGCCGGACGACGGCGCCGACGACGAGCCCGAACUCGUCAUGGACGGACUCAUCAACCAGACCAACAACAUCGCCGCCAUGGACAAGCGGGUCAACGACCUCACGCCAAGGUGAAAAUAAAACUCACCUUCCCCACCGUUGAGCUGCUAUCCACUCAUCCAUCAAACCAACGAUGGCGUUAUAUUUGGAU